AUGGGAAGCACCGAAGAUGAUCACUUCCAAAAAAAACAUCAUGACCCAUUCAAAACCAAAUACAUGCUCAUCAAGUUUCUACUCAUAAUCAUAUCCACAAACCUCCUCACAAUCUACAUCUUCACUGGCCUUCUAUCCCCAGCUGCUUCCGCCGCCGAUUCCACCAUCCUCCUCCUCCUCCGUGAACUCAACCACACCCAAACCGAGCUAUCUGUCACCCGCUCCCAAGCCGAUAAUCUCAACCUCCAACUCCAAACCACCAACAAACUCGUCGAAACCCUAGUUGCUGAACUAAUACACUUCCAACAAACUCCCGAUUCUAAUUCUGACGACAUAUCAGAAGAGGUCCAGCUCGCUACUGGGCCACAUAAGCUCCCCCUAGGGAUAAACAGUCGGACGGGUAUAGAUAGUAUGUAUCCUUCUGUCGGCGGAGCUUGCUGGAAGUUCCCCGACGAACUAGCCCAGUACAUGAACUACAAAGUCGGUGGAGAAUGCCCCACCGACGACGUAUUCGCUCAAAAACUGCAAAUGAAAGGCUGCGAACCUCUCCCGAGAAGAAGAUGCCGAUCCAAGUCUCCGAUCGGAUAUACCGAUCCCAAACCCUUACCGGAUAGUCUAUGGUCGACUCCAUCCGACACGAGUAUAGUAUGGGAUCCGUAUACAUGUAAGAGCUACAAAUGUCUCAUAGAUAGAAAACAUGCUCCAGGUUUCUACGAUUGUAAAGAUUGUUUCGACCUAAAUUUUAGGGAGAAGAGCCGAUGGAUAUUGGAUAAAAGUUUGGAUUAUGGGAUGGAUAAUGUUAUCGCCAUGAGACCGAAAGGAACUAUUCGGAUCGGGCUCGAUAUCGGGGGAGGGGCAGGUACUUUUGCGGCGAGGAUGAAGGAACGGAAUGUUACUAUCAUAACGACUUCGAUGAAUAUCGACGGUCCGUUCAAUAGUUUUAUCGCUUCGAGGGGAUUGAUUUCUUUGCAUUUGAGUGUAUCGGAACGAUUACCGUUCUUCGAGAAUACGCUUGACAUUGUGCAUUCGAUGCAUAUAAUGAGUAACUGGAUUCCGGAAAUGAUGCUUGAGUUUAUUAUGUACGAUGUGUUUAGGGUUUUAAGACCGGGGGGAGUGUUUUGGUUGGAUCGUUUCUUUUGCUUUGGGUCGCAAAUGAAUUCGACCUAUGUUCCGAUGUUGGAUAGAGUUGGAUUUAAUAGAUUGAGGUGGAAUGUUGGGAAGAAACUCGACAAAGGGAAGGACGAGUGGUAUUUUUCGGCCUUGUUGGAGAAGCCAAUGACUUGAUCUCCUAUUGACAAGAUCGGUGAAAGUAUUUUGGGUUAU